AUGGCGGACUAUGCAAGCUUGAAGGUCACUGACCUGAAAGCAGAGCUGAAGAAACGAGGAAUCCCACAGACUGGCUUGAGGGUAAAGCAGAAUUUCAUUGAUCGACUCAUUCAAGAUGAUAAUGCGCGCGCAGGCGCACAGCCUGGCCCGCCAGUCGAACCCGCAACGGCACCAAUACCAGACACGACACCGCAGGUGACAACAGCUCCAGUAUAUCAACAACCGCCAGCUCAAGCUCCAGAAGCUCCGUUACCCCAGAUGAUACCAUCUAUGCCAGUCGACCAGCCUCCCGUGGCCCCCGCAGCUCCUGUGCAGGGAGUUACAGCGGCUGAGGUACACACGACUGUCGUUCCCGAUGCUCCUGCGCCCGCUGUCGUCGAGAAAGUUACCAGCAUUUCACAACUUAUUGAGCCUGUGGCAGCUCCUCCUGUCGCCCAAGCACCGGCACCAACACCUAAGCCAGCUGUGGUUGAACCUGAGCCUGCUCCAGUUACCGAGUUGGUGGUGGAGGAUAUCACACCAACGCAACCCGAACCCGCGCAGGACGAAAGCGCCACGAAAGCCUCGUCCGCUGAUGUUGAGGUCUCAAAGGAAGAUACGGAUGACUCUAGGAAGCGCAAACGGCGCAGCGAGUCCCCACCACCGUCCCCAAGGAGCCUCGCUUUGAAGAAAGCUAGACUCGAGGAGGAACAGCAGCAGGAAGAGCAAUCUCGUCCUGUAGCCGAAGAAGCUAUAGUAGAAAAGGAAAAUACACAGGAACAAGAACCUUCAAGCGCUACACCAGUGGCUGCUGCACCGCCGGCUCAAGAUGUGGAUGUGGAGAUGGAGGAGGCUACUCCUCUGAUGUCAGAACCGAAACUGGAUACCGAUGAGAUUGAAGAUAAACCACGAGCAGGAAACGAAGCGGCGGCCCAGGAGGAGCCCUUGGAGAGAGCAGAAAAACCACAUGCGCAAAGGCGCUCAGUUGCUGAUGCUCGGUUCAAGGGUUUGUUCCCUGCUACGAACGGCGCUCCCUUGCGACCUGAGUCGCCACCUCCAGCAGAAGGGGAUGACCGCAUGAUUACUCCCGCCCUACACCCAGCAACUACCUCGUUAUAUAUUCGGGACUUCAUGCGGCCUUUGCAGCCAGCUACAUUAAAACGACACCUGUGCUCUCUAGCAGUACCACCCAAUUCAUCUCCAGAUCCAGAUGUCGUGAUAGAUUUCUUUUUGGAUUCAAUCAAAACCCACUGCUACGCCAGCUUCACGAGCAUUGCUGCCGCCUCUCGGGUCCGAGCAGCGUUGCACGACGCAAUCUGGCCCGAGGAACGCACUCGCAAACCUCUCUGGGCGGAUUUCAUCCCUGAAGAAAAGGUGAAGGAAUGGAUAGAAAUCGAACAAGCGCCCGGAAAUAGCGGGCGUGGCGCCCCUCGCUGGGAAGUUGUGUAUGACGACACCGAGGAUGGAGUCAAGGCACGACUCCAAGAAGCAUCGUCUAUAAACAGUGGACCACCUCGUCUCCACGAUAACGGCCAUGGAGACGCACACGCGAGCUUUGGUCGAGAACCACCAACUGGCCCUCGAGCGGACAGGAUGGCCCCCGGAGGACGUCCGGGGAGCCAACAACAAGGCCAUGCUCCUAGUAAAAUGCCGGAGCAUGGCUUCAAGGCCCUUGAUGACCGAUUCCUAUCCACUACCGCGAAGCCUAAGCUCUACUACCUACCUGUAUCCCGUGAAGUGUCAGAUAGACGUCUAGAUCGAUUCGACGAUCUGAUCAAGGCCGGCCCUGUGUCCAAACGUGGCGGUGACGAGAUGUUUAGAUAUACGUUUGAAGACACUGACGAGUUCGUCGUGCAGGGGCCAGAAUACGGUUCUCGACGUGGUGGCAGAGGAGGAAGAGGAGGCGGAGGCCGUGGCGGUGGUGGACGGAGCGAUUGGGGAGGCGGCUGGAGAGAAGGCAACUGGAGAGGUAGAAGGUGA